AUGGCCUCGCGAUCGGGCUCGCGGUCCCUUCGGUCGGCCUCGCCGCGGUCGGCCUCGCGGUCGCCCUCGAAGGCUGCAGUUGACUUCGAGGAAGAUCUACCCGGGUACUACCUCGUCGUCCAUAACAAUGCCGCCGUGAGGGAGAAUUCGUCACUAGAUUCGCCAGUGGUCGCACAGCUCGCUGCUGGCGAGGUUGUCCAUGUCCUGGAGGUCCUGCCAAUGCCGCAGGUCGACAGAGUCAGGGCGAAGAUCGACCAUCCAAGCGGAUGGAUUUCGUUGCUGGAAACGAAGGAGGGCUAUCGCUGGGCGAUAAAGCAGGCUGGGGCACCGAAAGACCCGUGGGCCCUCAAGAAGGCGCAGCUCGUUGCAGAGGUGAAAAGACGUGAUGCCGAGCUGCAGCAGCUUCUCGCGGUGGCUGAGAGGCUGCGUGCGGAACACCAGCGCUCCCUGCAAAGUACAGAGGAGAUCGCGGCCGAUGUGGAGGAACGGGUCCUGAAAGGAUACCGCGUGUGCGACUGGAGCUCCAGCGGACAGCCGGCUACUCCCUUCGCCUACUGUGAGAAGGCUGCACAGAUGCAGAAACUGGCGGUGCAAGUCGGCACUCUGGGGCCGAGCAAUCCUGCGGCGCUACAGACCGAUCGGAAGGAUGCGCCUUCAGAGGCGACGGAUCCUACCGACCCGAACUACCAAGUACCCGCAGGGCUGCCACCCGGGUCGAAGGUAGUGGGUUUCCGCAAACUGCCUUCCCCGCACACAGAGGAAGCGCAACAGGAGAUACCGCAGGCAUCUGGCCGGGUUGUUCACUCCAAUGCGAUCCUGCAGCCGAGCGGUGUCUACUCGAUGCAGUCAGCGGAUGUUUACCCCGCCGAGGGCGUGUGCGCGUACCCGAUCGUACGAGCGCCUAUGGGUGUGGCGGCGAACCUGCUUGAGAGGCCACUCGCAGAGGCAAGUGCCGCGCACUGGACAGCCCCGGAGGACUUCGGGGAG